AUGAUGUUUCCUACAACAGGUUGCCCUUUAGGAACAUACGGAGUAUACUGUGGAAUGAAAUGUUCAGAAAACUGUAUAUCAGGAUCGUGUGACUUAGUUAGUGGACACUGCACAUUUGGUUGUACUGAUGGUUGGGUCGGUAAUAGGUGCAAUAAAAAAUGCAGUACCGGAUAUUUUGGUAGAAAUUGUUCCCAGUCAUGUGAAGGAUGCAUAUCUGAUCUAUGUGACCGUUUUGAUGGCUUUUGUAAUGUGACAGACAAAUGUAAACCAGGAUAUAUACACGACUUAAAAUGUAAUCAAGCAUGUGAGCACAUGUACUAUGGUGAUAAUUGUACAGAAAAAUGCAAUUGUCUCUCUAGAUUGGAACCUUGUGAUAAAUCUACUGGAAUGUGUUCUGACGGCAAAUGUGACAAAGGAUGGUCUGGGGAAUCUUGUAAUAAAGAUAACAAAAUUUGUUCAUCUACAACUAAUCAAUGUGCAAUGUACGAAAAUGUGAAAAGCAACUUUACAAGUUCAGAAAAUAUACGACUAUCGUUUUCAAAAAAGCACGAUAGAAAAAUCAAUAUUGAUGACAUAAGUUCCAAUAACUUACCAGAUGUAGAGGAACAAGAGAAUGUGAAUGUAUAUGGCAACAUGAUAUUGGAAGAUGAUAUAUGUCAAUACAAAAUUCGUAUUGAGGACCUAGCAGAUGUAAUAAUUGAAAAACGUCACGACGAAGGAUUUGAAAAAGAAUAUAUGAUGUUCCCGAAAGGUCUUAUUCAUGCUCAUAUUGAGGGAUCAAAAGAAGAGAAUAAAGCUAAAAACAGAUUUUUGACUACAUGGCCAUAUGACCACUCCAGAGUAGUGUUGAAAGGAGACACAAAAUAUGAUUAUAUAAAUGCAAAUUACAUCGACAGCUAUCAUAAAGAAAAGGCAUACAUAGCUACACAAGGUCCAAAAAGAAAUACUCUUAGAGAUUUCUGGCAUAUGGUUUGGCAGGAGAACGUCUGCAAAAUAGUGAUGGUCACCCAACUGGAGGAAGAUAGAAAAAAAAAAUGUGAACAGUAUUGGCCACAGGCAACUAACAAACCGUUAAUAGUAGACUGCUAUACCUUGACCAUGCAAGUAGAAAAAGAACACUCCGAGUAUGUGUACAGGCUGAUUAAAGUUGGACACAAAACGGCAAAAGAAAAACGAAAGGUUCACCAUUAUCAUUUUACUCAAUGGCCUGAUCACGGUGUUCCAGACAGUAUAAAGCUGGUGAAUUUCUACAGGGCAGUCAAAAACAAUAACCGUAAUCAGCAUGGACCACUUUUGGUACACUGCAGUGCUGGCAUUGGCAGAACGGGGACAUUUAUUGCUAUAGAUUCUUUAUACGAACAUGGAAAAUCAGUUGGUUAUGUCGAUAUCGUGGAAUAUGUGAAGAUUAUGCGGAGGGACAGACUGAAUAUGAUUCAAACAUUUGAACAAUAUGAGGCUGUGUUUGAAGCAUUGCAAGAAUUGUUCACCGUGCUAGACACAUCUAUUCCAGUGAAAGAUUUCAGUAGAUAUGUUGACAAGAUACAGGAUAAUGCGACAAUUCCACAAAACCAAAAGGUGUACAGAUUAGAGUUUCAGAGGUUACAAAGUCUUCGUCCGUCACAUUUUGCUGACAAAUAUACAUCUGCAAGACUAAAGGAGAAUAUUUCUAAGAAUGCAGUGAAUGAUAUUUUACCAAAUGACGAAUACAGGCUAUAUCUUAUGUCCUUGGGCAAAAACAAAAACGAUUACAUAAAUGCAGUUAUGAUUCCGGAUGCUCCAUUAUGGUCAGGAAAAGACAAAACACUAGCGUUUGAAAAUUUUAACAUUGACCUAGAUAUUGAUAAUACACCGGAAGAAAUCCAGCUUUCCCUGGUUCAUCGAGGGAUUCAACACGAAAAAAGGUCUAUAUUUGUUUUAUCUCCAAGAGAAAUUGAAAGUGACAGUACUUUGCUACCGUCAACAACGAAUAUGCUUGUACUAUUGCAAAGAGUAAUCGAACAACGAAAACAGCAAACAGGUCCAGUGACUGUCGUAUGCAGAAAUGGUGCUACAAAAAGCGGACUGUUUGCAUUAAGUUUGAUUUUAGAGAAAAUGAAGAUAGACGAUCAAGUCGACGUGUUUCAAGUAAUAAGAACAAUACAAAUUCGGCGACCAGAAUUCUUGACAAAUUUUGUCGAUAUUGAUGAAUCAACACAACGUGUAGAAUAA